UCUCUCUCUCUCUCUCUUCUCCUCCUCUUCUGACUGCCUCAAGCCUCCCUCCCUCAGUUGUUGUAAGCGUGUGGUUGCCAAGAGGAGCUGUAGUACAGUUACGACGGUAACUAGGCACCUAGAGCUCCCCGCCAUUUCUUCCGGUUUUAAGAGCCUGAAUGUCGACCAGCGGCUCCAGCUCCUCUUCGCGGAAGGACUUCGAUGUGAAGCAGAUCCUCCGGAUCCGAUGGAGGUGGUUCGGCCACCCGGCUGUCCAGCCGCCCCACAACCCCCCGCUAGGAGACUUAUUUACCGGGAGAGGAGCGGGGGCCAGCCCCGGAGAGUGCCAGAGCCCCUCUGUUAGUGGCUGUUCUACCAGUAACAGAACCGUAAACGGCGCCGGUACAGAAAAUAACUGCCAAGUAGCAGUUGGAACUAGUGGUAACGGCAGUUUUAGUGGCAAUAGUUCAUGCAACGCCGACAACAGAAAGUUUGCGGAGAAUUCUGUUGGGAGUCGCACUGUUAACCUCCCGGUACCAGCGUUUGCAGCCGCGGCAGCUGGGGAUUCCUCUUGUCCGCAGUCCUUCAGCCAGCGGGAGUGGGUCGCCCCGUUGUCUCUCUCUCACUCUCGCCCGGUAACGGACAUAGAGCGCCCCGGGGAGGGCUCUUCGCUCCCCCAGCCGCCGGUACCCGAGGCGGCUGUUCCCGCGGCUGAAGAGGAGACGGGGCUGACGACGGGAGCCGAGAAUAAUAACAACAACCACGACGACUCUGUCUCCAGCUCCUGCAGGACUUCCAACAGCAGUGCGACGCUGUCCUCAUGUGUGUCGAUGGACCCGUGUGUGUGUCCCGAGGAGUGUGUGUACACGUCUCACACACACGCUGACCUGACCUUCAGCAAGAUGGAGACCUACCUCCGAACCAAGCAGCUGUGUGACGUCACUCUGGUGGCAGGGGACAGGAGGAUACCUGCUCACAG